UUACUCAUGUCAUAUUCCGGGGAAAUGUAAUUCUAAAUUCCACAGUGAGUGCGUUUAACCAUUCGCAACAAAUAAUGAGUGAUAUGGUAUUCAUGAGUGGAAAAGAUGUAAUUCUUCUGAAGUUUUCUAUAUCAUGUAUGCAGUGUUAUGAUGUUGGUUCAUUUGUUUAGUACCGUUUUGAGUGUGACAUUGCUCAUCUGUUUAUUCCGUUUUAGUCAGCAGUGUUACAUUGAAAUUUGUGAAAAUAUACAUUUAGAGAGAUGGAUGUUUUCUAUAGCUAUUACAUUGUUUGUUACUGGUUGGGGUGUAAGACGAAGAAGUCUUGAUUGGAGUGGAGCUGUUGCAGCGGUUUUUGUUGGAUUGAUUCUUACCUUCAGCAGUUAUUGUUUUAUGGUGUGCCUUUUAACAUUUUUCUAUACUUCAUCCAAGGCUACUCGCUAUUGCUCAGAAAAGAAGAAGAAACUAGAAGCUGAUUAUAAAGAAGGUGGUCAACGAAACUGGAUCCAGGUUAUAUGUAAUGGUGGAGCAGCUACAGAGAUUGCCAUGUUAUAUUUAUUACAAGGGGGGUUUGGAGAAACAGUGAUAGAAUUUGAUAAGGAUUACGAGCGGUCUUGGCUGGCUGCAUCUGUUCUUUCUUCUCUUGCGGGUGUUAAUGGUGACACUUGGGCAUCUGAAAUAGGAACAGUAGUUGCAAAAAUGGAGCCAAGGCUGAUUACUUCUUUACAGAAGGUACCAGUAGGGACCAAUGGUGGAUUUACAGCUGCUGGACUUUUUUUUAGUGCCUUAGGAGGAUCCAUUAUUGGAGUAGCUUACUUGUUAGCCUUAGUAUUAUGUUACAGAAAUGUUGUUCUUCAUCAAGUCUUUCUUUUAACUUGUAUGGGAGCCUUUGCGGGUCUUUUUGGUUCUAUAAUAGAUUCUGUGAUUGGUGCAACAUUGCAGUAUUCAGGGCUGGACAUGAGAACUGGUAAAAUAGUUGAAAAUCCUGCAACUGGAGUGAAGCAUAUAUCUGGAAGACCAUUUCUUAAUAAUCAUUCUGUAAAUAUGAUCAUGUCCAUUAUUAACUCCAUUGUUGUGCCAACUAUUACAGCCAGACUGUAUCUAUUUUUUAUGUAAAUUUAUUUGUUUUGGGCCUUCAAGAGUAUUAAAUAUUUUUAUUAAAA